AUAAAUAAAUAAAACUCGAGCUGCACCGCAGUUUGCAGAUUUCGAUGGCUUUUAUUUUGAAAUGCUCGCAGAAACUCAUAACAAAUUUUGUUCACUGUCUAUCUAGUGUUGACUUGUUGACCUGCUCUCAGGAUGACUUCACAGUUGUCAGAUGACCUUAAAGAAGAGGAAGAGGAAGAUGAAGAGAGUUGCGUUAACCCUACGGAGGUGAAAAUGAGUCAGAUAGUCAUGCCCUGCCACUGCAACCAUCGGCAGGAGCUGAGUGUGGGACAGCUGCUUAAAUGGAUGGACUCUACUGCCUGCCUCUCAGCUGAGAGGCUUGCUGGAAGUCUCUGUGUCACCGCCUCCAUGGAUGACAUCCACUUUGAACACACCAUUAGCAUGGGUCAAGUGGUGAACAUCAGGGCAAAGGUCAACAGAGCCUUUAACACCAGUAUGGAGGUUGGUAUCCAUGUGAGCUGUGAAGACCUAUACUCUGAUCGCCACUGGAGGGUGUGCCAUGCCUACGCCACCUUUGUGACCCAGCGAACCAACACUGGACAAAAAGUGACGCUGAAGCCUGUUGUACCUCAGUCCCAGAACGAGCAUGUGGAAUACAGCGUGGCAGCUGAGCGAAGACGGGUCCGGAUGGUGCACAGUGACAUCAUCAAAGAACUCCUUUCCAGUGGGUCUGUAGAGCAGGCUAAGAGCUCUGCAGUGUGCAGCGGGGUGGUAGCAGAGAAGACCAGAGUGGAGAGUGUUGAACUGGUUCUACCUCCACAUGCAAACCACCAGGUGAAUACCUUUGGAGGGCAGAUCAUGGCCUGGAUGGUGAAUGUAGCAACAAUUGCUGCCAGUCGUUUCUGCCAGGCUCACCCAACUCUUCGGACCAUUGACAUGUUCACUUUCAGAGGACCCUCUCAAGUUGGCGACAGACUGCUGCUGAGGGCUAUAGUCAAUAAUGCCUUCAAAAACAGCCUGGAGGUGGGGGUACGUGCAGAAGCCUACCGGGAGGAGGGACCUAACCGGCACAUAAACUCUGCCUUCAUGACCUUCGAGGUUCUUGACAACAGCGGGAAGCCAUGCACUCUUCCACGGAUACGACCAGAACCUCUGGAGGGUGAGAGAAGAUCCCAAGAAGCAAUAGCAAGAAACAAAAUCAGACUGGACAGGAAGUAUAUAAUUUCUCGCAAACAGAGUGAGGUUCCUCUGUCUGUUCCCUGGGACCCCAGGAACCAGGUGUAUCUCAGCUAUAACAAUGUAUCAGCCCUGAAAAUGUUGGCAGCAAAGAAGAACUGGCGCCUCAGCACAGAAAAAGACGGGGUUCGUCUGUACAUCCUGGAGCAAAAGUCAGUGUUGAGUUUCAGGGUGGAAGCAGAGGUGGAUGUUCCUGCUCACAGAGCCUUUUGUUUGCUUGCUGAACUAAGCAACAGAACAAGUUGGGACAUGCACUAUAAGAAAUGUGAGCUGAUUCACCGUGUUGACGAUGAUGACUUUAUUUACCGUGUGGUGACACCAUCAGUGCAUCAAGGUGCAGUUGGAUCCCCCACCUCAUCCAAUCAGGGAGAAAGGGUUCUCCAGGAUUUCAUUCUUUUAGCCUCUAAAAGGAAGCCAUGCGGCCAUGGAGAUCCCUAUGUCAUUGCUCUGCGCUCAGUAUCCCUGGCCACCCAUCCUCCCUUCCAAGGAUAUAACAGAGGAGAGGUUCUGUGUGCUGGAUUUACCAUACUGGAGACCAAUAACAACAUGUCAUUGAUCAGUUACUAUAACCAGGCAUCUCCAGAGGUCCUUCCUUACAUUUCCACAGAUAUUGCAGGUCUCUCUUCCUCUUUCUAUCACACCUUCUGCUCCUGCAGCCAGUACCUGAACAAAAACAGACUGUAGCCUGCCUCUGAGGAGCUCACAUGCAAAUGUGAAACCACGAAAAACAACAGCCCCACCUACCUGCUGUCAGAGGCACUGCACAGCACCCAACUGUAAAAACCAGGCAGAGUUUCUUGGCCAGUUCAUCGGUGUGCUGCUUAACACAUGGUACAGAGUCAAACAAUGCUGUUGUUGGUCUAUCUUGUAAGAGCCUUUUUAUUUUUAGUGUUUAAAAUAAACAAUUGAUUUUUUAAAAAUAAAAUUACAAGUGCAUGACAACAUAACUAGGAUUUCCACAUCACAUCGGCAUGACUCCUCCAGCCAAACAUCCAGUUUUACAUUUUGCCUCUGAACCUUUCAACAACAAUGCUCUGAAUAUGCUCUGAGGAGAUUCAAAUCAUAAACACAAAACUUUUUAAGAUUCUAGGCUGUUGGCUUUGGCUGUAAAUUGAUUUUGUUCUUUUGUUUACUUAUAUUCCAAAUGUGGACAUAUAUUACAGCUCUAAGGAGAGAGGAUGUUUGCUGUACAGAUUCUAAUGCUUUCAAAUAAACUCAUUUUUUACAUGGUAGAGGGAUAUAUCAUUAAAAUGAAUUAAAACUUG